UUUGUUGGACAUGUCACCCGGGUAUUCUGUUAUGCAAAUACUACUACGUGGUGUACUGGAAUCAAAGCUCUCCCUCUCUCUCUCUCUCUCUCAAAUACUCACGAUCUAAAACAAGAUGCCGACUUACAAGUUGACAUACUUCAAGGCCCGAGGUGUAGCUGAAUUUGCAAGACUGCUUUUCGCAGCGGGCGGGUUAGAGUACGAAGAUGUGCGAGUGGAAGGCGAACAGUGGCAACAGCUCAAGCCAAAGACUCCGAUGGGACAGCUGCCUAUUUUGGAGGUGGACGGGGCCAUGAUUUGCCAGAGUAAGGCCAUUGGAAGGCUGAUCGCUAAGAAAAUCGGUAUGGCAGGGAAAACAGACCUGGAGGCGGCCAGAGCCGACAUGAUCACAGAUGGCCUGGAGGACCUUAUUGGGCUAAAGAUGAGCUUCUUCUUUACGGAGAAGGACGAGAAUAAGAAAGAAGAAAAGAAGAAGGAGUUUGUAGAGAAGAUCCUUCCGUCGGCUCUGGACCUCUUUGAAAAGCUUGCGAGCGCGGAGGGAUAUUUUGUCGGGAACUCGUUGACCUGGGCUGACGUCAACUUCUUCAGCCUCUUCAACGGCUUCAUCAACCGCUUCAUCCCUGGGGACCAUCUCAAAAAUCACGUCAACCUCAACAAGGUCAUGGGGAACGUCUCAUCCAACCCUGGCAUCGCGAAAUGGCUGAAGGAGCGACCGGAAACCCAGUUCUAAAAUCUCAU